GUGGGUUUUUGCGCGAAGGUGCAGAUGUUGGCGGUCUGAGUAAAGACGAGAAGACGUUGGCUGAGUGGCUGAGGGCGCCUCUUCAAACUGAAACACUCGACGUGUUACUAAAGGCAACAUUUCUGCUGAAAUGGCAAGCUGUGGAGAGAUCCAAGUGAAGGAGCUGAAUAAGCGUGCUUCAGGUCAGGCAUUUGAGGUCAUCCUGAGCCCCACAAGCCCAGAUGCCAAGGGGGAAUUUCCACUGUCCCCUCUUAAAAAAAGGGAAACAUCACUGGAUGAGAUUAAGAAGAAACUGGAAGCUGCAGAAGAGAGACGCAAGAGCCAUGAGGCUGAAGUGCUGAAACACUUUGCUGAAAAACGAGAGCACGAGAAGGAAGUCAUCCAGAAGGCCAUAGAGGAAAACUGCAACUUCAGCAAGAUGGCACAGGAGAAACUCAAUCAGAAGAUGGAGGCGAACAAGGAGAACCGCACUGCGCGGAUGGCAGCUCUCAACGAGAAGUUCAAGGAGAAGGACAAGAAGCUUGAAGAAGUGAAGAGGAACAAGGAGACAAUGAAAGAAAGGGAAAAUUAAUUUGUUUGCGACCUGAAAAACAGUCUUUACAUCUCUAAAGAUAAGCUAUAUUUUUUUAACUGACGCUUCCACAUUAUUCUUUGUAGUGUUUGUUCUGAUUAUGCUGUUGAUGCUGUUGAAGUUGGUUAUACUGGUUAGAUUUGGUGUGGAUAUAGUCUGACUUUUCCUUACAUGUAGAUUUCUCUUUGGCAGCUGAUUACACAUUGUUUUGGGUUUUGAACUUUUUUUUUCAUAAGCAGGGAUUCCAUUGCAAAAAAUUGGUCAUUAUGCUUCACACUGUUAAAAUGCAUCAUUAAUACUGUUCUGAACUUUUGAUACUGUUACUGAAUGAUACCAAGGUUCUGCCAUUAAAGUUUGUAUCCUCAA